UGUGAGAGAGAAACAAAGAGAAUCCGGUGCGGGCGGGCUCCUUGCGGUGAAUCCCUGGGGCAGGAUGGAGCAGUGCGGGCGGGCGGCGCUCAGCUAGGUGCAGGUGGGUCGGGCGGGCAGGAGGGGGCGAUGCGGUCUGGCUCCCCGCUAUUGAACCCCUGCAGCUGAUCCCCGCGAGCACUGCACCAUGCCGGGCGGAGGCCCCUGGGGGCCCCCUGCUCAUCCCGACCUGCUGUUACUGGAGCCCGAGGAGAUCCGGCUGAGGCUGGCCGCGCUGGGCCUGGAGAGCCCGGGGGAGGGCGAUGUCCCGGCGGAGGAGGAAGACGGGCCCGGGGAGGAGCUGUACCCAGGAGGGGCCCCCGGGGAGCUGCUGGCCGGAGCGAUGGACCCUGGAGAUCUGCUGGCAGCCGGGGCACCUGGGGACCUGAUUGGUGGAGGCGGGGACCUGAUGGCGACCGGGGGCCCGGGGAUGCUGCUCCUCGGUUCCGGGUACCCGCUGGGCGCGGAGCAGGCCGCCCUUAACAUGCGGAGGAAGAGCGUGAACACCAACGAGCUGGUCCCGGUACCCAGCUCGGAGCAUGUGGCAGAGAUCGUGGGCAGACAGGGUUGCAAGAUUAAAGCACUACGGGCCAAAACGAACACUUACAUAAAGACACCAGUCCGUGGAGAAGAGCCAAUAUUUGUAGUCACUGGAAGAAAAGAAGAUGUGACGAUGGCCAAAAGAGAAAUUCUUUCAGCUGCUGAACACUUCUCCAUGAUACGAGCAUCUCGCAACAAAAAUGGUCCCUCUGUUGGCACUGGGCAGUGUGCCCCUAACUUACCAGGUCAAACUACCGUUCAAGUCCGGGUUCCUUACAGAGUGGUUGGCCUUGUAGUUGGGCCUAAAGGAGCGACAAUUAAACGAAUACAACAGCAAACCCACACCUAUAUAGUAACCCCAAGCCGGGAUAAGGAGCCAGUCUUUGAAGUGACAGGGAUGCCUGAAAAUGUUGAUCGAGCUCGUGAAGAAAUUGAGAUGCAUAUAGCUAUGCGCACUGGCAAUUAUAUUGAGCUGAAUGAGGAAAAUGAUUUCCACUAUAAUGGUACAGAUGUGAGCUUUGAAACUGGAGGCAUCGCAUCCUCUUGGCUAAGUGCAAACCCACCAGCUCCUGGUCGUAACCGGAUGAUUUCGAACUACCGAAAUGAUAGUUCUAGCUCCUUGGGCAGCGGCUCUACAGAUUCCUUUAUGGGAAGUAAUAGAUUGGCAGAUUUUAGUCCAUCAAGUCCUUAUAGCACUGGCAAUUUUUGGUUUGGAGAAACUAUGCCAGCCAUGAAUUCUGAGGAUCUGUCUGAUGCAUCGGCCUUUGAUCCAAUACCAUCUUCCUCUGAGACCAUCUGGGCGCCUUACGAUUCAGGAAACACACUCUCUGGCUAUGGAAGUGAAGGAACUGCGAAGACUCAACGCAGAGGAAGUAUGUCUCCUACCUUCACAGAGGUUGUCGAUUACCCUAGAGCAAGAAGUAUUAGAAACGACUUUCCCAGCGCAGGCGAAGUUGGGCUUCCUAUCUACAUCCCAGCAUUUUCCAAUGGUACAAACAGCUACUCUUCUUCCAGUGGGAGUUCCACAUCCAGUUCUCCCCCCGAAACAAGACGGAAGCAUGACUGCGUUAUCUGCUUUGAAAACGAGGUCACUGCUGCGCUUGUUCCAUGUGGUCAUAAUUUCUUCUGCAUGGAUUGUGCCAACAAGGUGUGUGAGAAAGAAAUACCUUUAUGCCCUGUAUGUCAGGCCAAUGUUAAUCAAGCGAUCCAAAUACAUUCUUAAAUGUACAGAUGUUUAGAAGUACAAUAUAGCACUCUUCCUCAAAUCCUAUGUAUACACGUUGAAGGCUGGGUUUAAGCUGCAGUUUGUUGAUGAUUAUCACUGCUGCUGGCACCUGACUAAAUUUAACUGCAUGUCCAGUUUCACUAGGUGGAGAUCAGCUGAUUAGCAUUUAGAACGGUAAACGUGAGAUCAUUAUACAGUAAAUUGAUUUACAGAGCUAGUUUACAUAGUGCAGCAUUAUGUUUACAGAAAUUUCAGUUUUUAAGAUGCAUCACUGCCUUUUUGUUUAUGUUCUUCUACGUAUGAAAAACUAGAAGAGGCAGAUAUUUCUAUCAUACUACUAAUCCUCCAGUGUUUGUAAGCGAUUUCUUAUCGCCUGCAUGUGCUGAAGAUCCUCAUAGCUUGUAGAUAAACACUACCAGAGGGGAAUCUUGGGAGAUAUCAAGUGGAAUUAAUCACUUGUGUCUGCUCAGGAACAUCAACCCGCUGUUUUUAUGAAUUGCCUGGAUUUCUUUAGGGCCUUAAAAUGUGCAAACUGGCUAAUAUAGAAUGUUACAUUCCACUUAUUAGUCUGAUCAUGUAAUUAACCUUUAGUUUUACAGGAAAGUUAAUGUAAAUGUGAAUAAUUUUUACAAGCCACCCGUGACUUGAACUUUUAGUCUAAGCAGAAAAGGGAAAGGCUAGUGUAACUAUGCUCUCACCAAAACCGAUUUCAAGUAGUGAUUAUAGUCCUUAACGAGUCAAGUCUAUUGUAGUUUAAAAAAAAAAAAAAUAGAUUUUUAAUCGCAGGGAAAGAAGUUUUCUAUUUUAUUUUCUCCCUUUUUUUGCAUUUCAACCUGUGGAUAUACUUCUCUUAAGUCUUUCUCAGUCUGUUUUUAAACACUUGCAUCAAUAUGCAGAAAUUAAAAGAAGAAAAAAAUGUUUUAAAAAAAAAAAUAAAUAAUAAAUCUCAGUAUGGAUUUUCUAUAAAUAUUUUUGAAACCGUUUUUUUCUCAAGGUAAAAGUUUAAUUUUUUUUUCACAAUAACACAAAAUUGAAGUUGUCCAGUCUGUGUACUGACUAGUAAAUAUAUAAAUCUUUAUUUUUUAUUUCACUUGAAGUUACAUUUCUUACAAAAGUUUACAAAAUAUUGUUUAUUUUAGAUUUAUUAUUUUUUUUUUCGGUAUAAAAUUGCCUUGAUGGCAUAAUAUGUAUUGCAAAACCUUUAAAUGCAAACUGCUUAUAGAAUAGUUAUGUCAGUAUUGAAACUUAAAACGGUAGCUGCAGUCUUAGCAAGUAUGCACGAAUGUUCGCCAGCAUGUAUUUUAUUAUAUUACAUAGUACACGGUAACUAACAAAAGCCAAGGAAUUAACCUAUAUAUUAGAUGCGUGUACCAUUUAUAUAAACUACAGAUGUUAGAAUGACAAACUAUCAAUAUAGUUUAGUAUUUGCUAAUUUUAUUAUUACACUUUUGUUAUGUAUAUGUAGGGAGGUUAUAUAGGGAUUAUAAAUUCAGUUUGAGUAAAGGUUAAAAAAAAAAAUCAUAUAUUUUAUGAUAAAGGGCCUUUAACUUAUUAUGGCCAAAGCACUGAUAUUAUAUAUUUGCUGUAAAGAGAAUUAUAAGAGUUUUA